AUGGCUCCUCCCGCCUUUACCACUCUGCCAAUACAUCAGGACCCGCGAACUCCAAGCCCAAACUACUUUGGCAUGUCGUUUGACAGCCAGACCGACGUCUUCGCCUCGAAUUCCGACACAAAAACUACACGAUCACAACUGUCUCCUCAUUCAAUACAGAGUGUAGCAGCCGCCUCGCCCCUACCCGUCGAGUCAAAUCCUGCCUUUGCCGCCUUCCGAAAACAGUCAUCUGAACAUGGCAGUGGCUUUGCCUUGGGACGCCUACAUUCCUUUGACGGCGUUGCCAAAUCACUCGCACCUCAGCUACCAGCCUCACCUAUAUCGCCUAAGCGACCUUCGCCUCCCAAUCAGCGCCCUGCCGCUAUCCUCACAACCCUUUCCAACCUGGACACUCCUACAAAGCCUCGCUCGCCAAAGCGCCAGCACUCUGACGAUUCCGACAUCUUCCCUGAUCGUGUUCGUCGAAACUCACCCGCGAGCUUCACCGACAGCAGCAGCGUAGGCUCAUUCCAGGAUGCAUCCUUCUUCUCCCCCGACAAAUCAGACCGCCCAUCCUUGCCACCCCAGACGCUUAUAUCUCCUAUAUCAAGCCACUCGCGGUCCGAGACCCUGCCCGAACAGAUAGACAUUGAUCGAAAGUGCGACGGCCCCGCUAUGAUCACACCGCAGCGUCUAGUCAAUCUGCUGGACUCGGCCGGAGAGGAGAUUCUACUACUCGACCUCCGCGUAUCUACGCAGUACGCAAAGGCGCGCAUCAUCGGUGCUCUCAGUCUCUGUAUCCCUACAACGCUUAUCAAGAGACCCUCGUUCAACGUUGCAAAACUCGCAGAAACAUUCAAGGAUGAAGAGUCCAAGAAGAAGUUUGAAGGUUGGAGGAAUAGCAAGUACAUUAUUGUAUACGACGCAGAAUCGAGCACAAUGAAGGACGCCACUAUAUGCAUCAACACGCUCAAGAAGUUUGCUAGCGAAGGAUGGAACGGUGCUUCGUAUAUUAUUCGUGGUGGAUUUCGGGAAUUCUCGGAAAGCUUCUCCAGCCAUGUAUCUGGAGACGCACCAUCAGGCUCGAAUUCUCGGAAUACUAGCGUCAGCACUGAUGCUUCCGGCCCUUCAAUCGCACCCGUCAUCGGUGGCUGUCCCAUGCCGCUGACCGAAAAUGCUGCAAAUCCGUUCUUUGGCAAUAUCAGACAGAACAUGGAUUUGAUAGGAGGCGUUGGUCAAAUGUCUCUCAAACGCCCAGCGGCCAUGACCCCAAACAUGGAGGGAUCACUUCCAUUUUGGCUCAAUCAAGCUAUCGACCAACGCAACGACGGAAAGUUGGUCGCCGACAAGUUCCUGCACAUUGAGAAGCGUGAGCAGAGACGUAUGCAGGAGGCAUUGUCCGGACACGUAUCGUAUGGCACGCCGAGCCCAGGUGCAUCGAGAAAAGUCAAGAUUGCUGGGAUUGAAAAGGGUUCUAAAAACCGGUACAACAACAUUUGGCCGUAUGAGCACUCUCGUGUAAGACUGCAAGGUGUUACUGGCGGGGCUUGUGACUACAUCAAUGCCAGUCACGUCAGUGCUGGUUGGUCGAACAAGAAAUACAUUGCCACCCAGGCCCCAAUCCCGUCAACUUUUGAUGACUUUUGGAAUACUGUGUGGCAGCAAGACGCCCGCGUCAUCGUCAUGCUUACUGCUGAGCAUGAGGGUGGCCAAGUCAAGGCCCACAACUACUGGUCUGGCAAGCAGUACGGCCAGCUACGCCUCAACUUCUUAUCCGAGCAUCGCGCUUCGUUGGAGCUCUCGAGAAUCCAUCGGAAACGGAACCAAACAGGAAUGGACAGCCGACAAUCUUCGGUCAGCCCAGUGACGAAAGGCUUCGCCGAGGCAGCCCCGACUUCGGACCAACCAUUCGUUAUCGUUCGCAAAUUCACGCUGUCACACUGUGACCAUCCAUUCGAACGGAUGCGGGAAAUAACUCAGUUGCAGUACUCGAGUUGGCCCGAUUUCGGUGCGCCCGCCCAUCCAGCCCAUCUUCUUGGGCUGGUCGAACAGACCAAUGCUGUUGUGCGUUCAUACAACGGCACCAAGAGGGGGGUGGAGUCUUCAAAUAGCAGGCCCAUUGUCGUGCAUUGCAGCGCCGGGUGUGGGCGCACUGGCACAUUCUGUACUGUUGACACGGUAAUUGACAUGAUCCGACAACAACAUCAGGAGAAGACGAAGCGUCAAUCCUCAAACUCGAUGGACAUUGAUUCGUCUCAGGGUCAAGACUUCUUUUUUGGGUCAAGCUCGGAUGGCGGAGUGGAUGUAUGGAAGGAGAACGACAGUGUGGAUUUGAUUGAGAAGACGGCAGAGGAAUUCCGGCAUCAGCGCCUCAGCAUGGUGCAGAGUCUGAGACAAUACGUGCUGUGCUACGAGACCGUGCUGGAAUGGCUGAUUGACGAGCAACAGCACGCGCAGUAA